GUUAAUUUUCUCUCUCUUCACCAAAGAAAUCUGGAAAACUCUCUGAUUCUCAAACAAACCCUAGCCGCCGCCUCCUCCCUCCUUCAGUGUGUCUCCGGCGGUCGUUACAUUGCUCCACCAUCUUCAUCCUCUCCUUUUCAUUUGUAAUUAUACUCUAUCAAAUUUAUUUCAAGUCAAAGAUGAUUUUAAAUUUCCCUAUGACCAUCUUUUCGGCUAGAUCUUGACAUCCACGUACAAGCUUUUGAAAAUCCAUCACCAUAAAAAGAGUCCCCUCCAUCUUCUCUACAAAACCCAUUUAAAAAUAUCAGGAACGGACAACCUUCGCCGGUGACCACCACGCCGUAGCUUUCAACCACCGCGCCGGAAAAGAGCUUACGUGUUUUCAUCCCAAUCUUGUAUGUUGUCCAGAUCUGGGUCAGAAUUUUUACACAAACACUUAAACCUGGGCUGCUGUCUUCAUCAAGGUCAAGUUGCUUAUAUAUUUUGUUUCCAUUACAUGCAACAACAACAAUACAAAUUUCAACAAAUUUGAAAUUGGUGUAUGCAACUUGGGUAGUGAAAACGACCAAUAUAUCCUUCCAUUAGAUUUGGGUUGUUACAUUAUAUCCUCCCUUAAAAAAAUUUCACCCUUGUAAAAUUAACUCCAUACUUUCUUUUUCUUCUUUCUAAUGCUUUUUGAUCCUUAACUUGUUAUUUAUUAUUUUUUAUCUAGAAAACAAAACAAAAGACUUUGAAGUGAAGUAAAAUAGUUCUAAAUGGAAGCUAAAACACACAAAUUCUUAUUGACAAAUUAUGGCUUAUCACACCUUUCUAAAAACUUUUUUUUGCCAGUUAUACUUGGCUGUUAUACUUGGCUGAAUGCCGUCUUGCUGCCUCCUUAAGAAUUUUAAUACCGAGCACUUAGCUUAUGUGGGUUUGUUGAUCAAGGACUUUGCAUCUUUUUCUUUUGUAUUGUUAUGAAAAUAUAUCAAUGAAUAAGAUGCAAAGUCUUACUUGAUCAACAAACUCACGAAUGAUAAGCGCUCCGUAUUAAAAUCCUUGAGGGGGCAGCACAUUCAGCCAAGUAUAACUGCAAAAAUAAAUUUUUAGAAAGGUGUGAUAAGCCAUAAUUUGUCAUAGUUUAUGUGGUGUUUAGUUCCUAAUUUCAAUAAGAAUUUGUGUGAAAUUCUUUUAAAGAGGAUAAAAUGUAACAACCCAAUUCUAAUGUAAAGGAAAGGAAGGAUAUAUUGGUCGUUUUCACUACCCAAGUUGCAUACACCAAUUGGUGAGUAAUAUUUUCAUUGGAGCACAAGAGAGCCAAGGAACCGAAAUUGAAGGAUUGAUGCAGGACAAGAGUGCUUGUUGGAGACAGAGUUUUGGGUCAAGACUGCAUCAAGAGGAAGUUGUUCUUUGAGGAUGGGUACAACCCUAGGAUGGGUAUGGACGCUCUACAAGUCUUCCCGGUUAGCCAGGCUGCUGCUAACCAGCGUGCUGGUCGAGCUGGUCGAACUGGCCCUGGGGCAUGCUAUCGGUUGUAUACAGAGAGUGCUUACCUAAAUGAAAUGUUGGCCAGUCCUGUUCCAGAGAUUCAGAGAACUAACCUUGGCAAUGUCGUCUUGUUGCUGAAAUCUCUUAAAGUUGAAAAUUUACUUGACUUUGAUUUCAUUGAUCCACCUCCGCAGGAUAAUAUUCUUAAUUCUAUGUACCAGUUGUGGAUGUUGGGCGCCCUUAACAAUGCGGGGAGAUUGACUGAACUUGGCUGGAAAAUGGUUGAGUUUCCACUGGAUCCUCCACUUGCCAAGAUGCUUUUGAUGGGUGAGCAUUUCGGGUGUCUUGAGGAGGUUCUGACCAUAGUUUCCAUGCUUUCAGUACCAUCUGUUUUCUUUAGGCCAAAGGACCGAGCAGAGGAGAGUGAUGCUGCACGCGAAAGAUUUUUUGUGCCAGAAUCUGAUCAUUUAACCCUUUACAAUGUCUAUCAGCAAUGGAAACAACAUUAUUACAGAGGUGAUUGGUGCAAUGACCAUUUUUUGCAAGUUAAAGGUCUAAGAAAGGCUAGAGAGGUGAGAUCCCAGCUGCUUGAUAUUCUUAUGGUUCAUACUCUCAUGUCAGUGUGCAAUCAUCUGGUAAGGAUUAUGAUAUCCUUGCAGAAAACGUGGGAAACCGACUGUUCUUUGCAGGUGAGGCCACUUCUAGGCAAUAUCCAGCCACUAUGCAUGGUGCUUUCAUGAGUGGAUUAAGAGAAGCUUCUCGCAUUUACCAGUUAACCCCUGUUCAGCAGCCUUGUCCUAAGAAGUCCUUGUCUAAGAAUAUAGCACACAACAACGGUAUCCUGGUUAAUUUAUUCAAGAGGCCUUAUUUGGAAAUCGGAAAUUUUGCUUUCAUAUGUGAUCCUUUACACGAUGAUACACAGUCGAAGGCGAUUAUGAAAUUCACUUUUGGUGGUAUUGACGAAAGUUACAAGGAGAUUUACACUAUUUUAUCCCUUGAACAGAUGGAUCAAAUGCAGGAAAUCAGUGGAGGAGAUGAAAAUAGGUUGUUAUAUUUGACAAAAAACCUUGGGUUGAAGCUAAUGGGUUUGAGCGCUUUACUCAUUGCCGGUAAUGACGUAAUAGCUAGCGUUGCUGCCUCCCGAAAAGGUAGAUCAAGGAACCGAAAAAUUCCCCAUAAUCCAAAGAAGAAAUAAUUUGCAUAUGGGGGUGCUUGUUAUCCAGUUCUGACUUUGAAGUCUUGUAAUAGAGGAUAAUCAAAUAAUUGGAUUUUACGGGCAAACUUGUUUACCCUACUUGUAGUUGUAUUGUAAUUUGUAUCAUAUUUAUUUCAAAUUUUCAAUAAUCCCUUCAUUGGUUCCAACACCAAAUCAAGGAGAAUAUCAAAUUAAACAUAUUACAGGGUAUUAUGGUUUACAUUCUU